GCAAUUCUCCUCAAGCCACUCUUCCUCUCCCACGCACAAAAACCAUACAGAAUCGAAUCACGAUACACAAAUAUAUAUAUAUAUUAUAUGUAUAUGUAUCUGUAUAUGUGUAUAUAUACGUACACACAAUAGGCAGCUGGUCCGAUUGGGUAUUUUUACAGGGGAGAGUGUAAAGAAUGAGGAAUAAUGGAGAUCUGGAGAGGGGCAAGGCCGGCGGCGGUAGGAAUCAGAGCUAUCCGGCGGCGGCGCCGCCGCAGGCCUACUACGCGGCGAGUAGAGGCGGAGGCGGUUAUGACAUGGAGUAUUCGGACAGCCACUGGACUUCGUGGCUGGUUCCGAUGAUUGUCGUCGCCAACGUCGCUAUGUUUGUGGUGAUCAUGUUCGUCAAUAAUUGUCCGAAGAAUCACGACGGCCUCCGUGGAGAUUGCGUCGCUAGAUUCCUCGGCCGCCUCUCCUUUCAGCCCCUCCGAGAAAACCCCCUUUUCGGACCCUCCUCCUCCACGCUAGAGAAAAUGGGAGCACUCGAAUGGGAUAAAGUCGUGCACGGGAAUCAGGCAUGGCGGCUUAUUACCUGCAUUUGGCUUCAUGCCGGCAUUAUCCAUCUGCUCGCCAACAUGCUCAGCUUGGUGUUCAUCGGAAUCCGCCUCGAGCAGCAAUUUGGAUUCGUGCGGGUAGGUGUGAUUUAUAUUUUGUCCGGAAUUGGCGGGAGUGUCGUUUCGUGUCUUUUUAUUCAGAGGAGUAUUUCGGUUGGAGCUUCUGGAGCCCUCUUUGGACUCCUCGGAGCAAUGCUGUCGGAGUUACUCACCAACUGGAGUAUAUAUACAAACAAGGCUGCGGCGUUGAUCACCUUAAUUGUGAUCAUCGUGAUCAACUUGGCUGUCGGAAUUCUCCCACACGUGGACAACUUUGCGCACAUCGGAGGGUUCCUGUCCGGAUUCCUCCUCGGAUUUAUACUGCUGGUCCGGCCACAGUACGGUUGGUUGGAAAGCCGGCACCGUCCUGCCGAUACCCGCCUUAAAUCGAAGUACACCGUUUACCAAUACGUUCUAUGGAUUGUUGCGAUGGUUCUGGUGAUCAUCGGAUUCACGGUGGGAUUGGUGAUGCUGUUUAGGGGGGAGAAUGCGAACGACAAAUGCAGCUGGUGUCAUUAUUUGAGCUGUGUCCCGACGUCGAGAUGGAGCUGCAACAACUGAUUUUAGGACUUCAUCGGCGACGGCGAUGAUCGUACGGCUCCGGUUGUCGGAUUGUUGUAUAUCUUUUAUUUUGUUUUUUUUGAUCCUUGCUGACUGAUUGUUUAUAGAAAUAUUAUUAUUAUUAUUAUUAUUAUUAUUACUGGUUUGCUGGUGUUAUUUCUAUGCAUAUUUGGGCGAUAUUCGUUUUAUGUGUAUAUGCUUUUAUGUGUACGUA